AUGAAUGGUUGGCAAUCUUUUUCAGAUGCGACUAAUGUUGGCUUACAGAACUUUAUAACAUUACUGACAAGCACUCCGCUUUUUAUGAAAGCACUGGGGAUUACAUCAAUAGAUGAAGGUCUCUUUGAGGCAGCUCGUAUUGAUGGAGCUAGUGAUGGUCAAAUAUUUAGACGAAUUACUUUGCCUUUACUGAGACCAAUUGUACUUUAUACCUUUGUUACCAGCUUUAUUGGUGGUUUGCAGGUCUUUGAUAUUCCUUUUAUUAUGACCCAAGGUGGCCCACAAAAUGGAGUUUAUACUCUGUCCAUCUUUAUUUAUAAUCAGGCCUUUGCUUAUCGUAACUAUGGUUUGGCUUCAGCAGCCUCUGUACUUUUAUUGAUUAUUUCCGCUGUUGUUUCUAUUCUUAUGUUCCGUGGAUUUAGAGAAAGA